CAACAAUACCAGAAUAAUUAUAAAAAAUGUAGUUUUAACGAGUACAAUUAGUGUAACAAAAAAAACUUUGACUAGUGUAGUUUUGAAAAUAAUAAAAACUUGAGGCAGGGAAUUCACUUAUUCAGGGUUCAUUCAGUGUUAAAGUAAAACUUGAAUUUUUUAGCACCGUAUCAAUGGCAUUUCUAGGUUAGGUUAGUUAAUUUAUGUUGGCUACCAUUUGGGUCUAUCUUGUCUUCGGCGGUGACAGGGAAUCUGGCAACACUGCUUCUCGUAAACACUUAAGCGUUUUGUGACUUAAGCCUUAAGCUUAAGCACUGCUUUCUUCAAUCUCGUCACUUAUUGAAAUUAAACAAUGUCUACCAUUGUUGAACACUUCAUAAAUCAGUUCCACAAUAUAGAAGGCACAACUAUUGCACUUAGGCAUAAAAAUUUUUUCAAGUUGUUGCACGAGAUUGCACCACUGGUGAGUACCAAAGGGGACGCGCUGGAUGCCAUCACAUUAAAUUUAAAUCCACGAACUUACCUAGAAAGCUUAUUCAGAGUCGAUUUUCUAAUUUACUUUCGACGAUCACAAGAAUUGCUGAAUAUACUGAAACAAGGGAAUGAUGUUUUUGUCAGCAAAAUAGUGAAGCAAGUUUGGUUUUUUAAAGAAGUGUUUGGAGACGUUCCAGCACACCAACUGGUAAAUGAAAUUUUACCGUGUAUGUCUUUUUCGGUUCGUAUGAAAAUACUGAGGAAGUUGAGCAGAUUUUCACUGAGUGAGAAAUUUGAUGAAAUUUAUGACGCUCUUGUUAAUCGGUAUGGAUUGUAUUUCGCGUCACAGUUUAUUACUGGUUGUAGUCCUGCAAAAGUAAGGCAAAUUUUAAUUGAAAAUCCAGUUAAACUGACAUCAACACAGUUAAAAAAUUUGUAUUUAAAGGAUUCACAGCUCAUAGAUUUUUACUUUAGUUAUAAUAAAAGUUCUUUUGAUUCACAGGUAUAUGAAAGGCUGAUAAGGUUUAUUUUUAAUAACGACCAUGCCUUGUUUGAUUAUCUAAAAUGUAAGUAUAAACUGUGUACACAUCUCGGUCGAAGAGCUACAAAAAAAUUUGUAAUGCUUAAAAAAGAUGAAAUAAUCAAGAAUCCUUACAAAUUUGAUUACAUAAAUAUGGAAGCUGUUUUAAGAAAAAUCGGUGGAGAUUCAGUGCUACUCUUUAGAAAUGCUCUGCCUGAGCAAAUCCCAGACCACUUCAUUAAUAGCGAUUGGCUGUUUCGCAGUUUCCCUAAAAAGUACCAUUAUAGCUUGUUUAUAAAAACUUUUCAAGAUCACUAUAAGAUAAAAUUAGCUGAUCAUCCUGCCAUAAUUAGUGAGGAACUAUUAAAAAUCAUACCUGACAACAAAGAACGGGCAGCUUUAGCAAAAGUUUUAGUAGACACAGGCCAUGAUGAGUACCUCAAAUACUUACUUAUUGAAGACUCUGUUCGCUUAAUCAAAGAAAUCAUUAAUGUAACGUCGGAUAUUAAAGAAAGGGGUAAAUUAAUAAAAUGCGUAAUUGAAACGUGCCGUAUUAAUAACGACAUACCGGCUUUAUUUGACGUUAUGAAAUAUUUUUGUUUUAGACAUAAAAAUGAUGAAUUAAAUGUACAUUUGCAGUUUAUAAAUAACAUCGAAAAUCUGUUUGGUUUUAAAAAAUUCACUGAAGAAAUGUGGGCUACUUUAAAUGAGUUAUUGGCCAUUCACAUGUUGAAAUUUGAUGAACGUCAAUCCACGUACGAAAAAAUACAAACAAUGCCUUUAGUUAGUGUAAAUUUAGGAACUUCUGUUUACCAAAAAUUGUCUUAUUUGGAGUUUUUGUUCAAAAAGGGCGACGUGAUUGAUGAGUUAGUUAAAGAAUACUUCACUACUAACACUGAGUUCCCUGAAUACAGUCACUACGAUAAAAACUUUGGGAAAUGUUUCUUAUUGUUCGUUAUAAACAAUAUAGCUCAUAACGACAUACACUUUAACUACAACUUAAUUUGUGAGAUUGAUAGUUGGAAUAAUGUCUAUAAAGACAAUCAGUUAUCUUUUUAUGAUUUUCCGAUACUAGUUCACACGUUUAACCAAAUUAUUAUGAGGGAUAGACUGGCGAUAGAGUAUCCUGGCGUAUUUCAUGCGUUCCGCAAUAAAAUUUUUACCACAGAAGAGAAUCUGUUUAAAAAUGAAUAUAUGCAGAUGUAUUGGGAGCAUUAUAAAAGGUUAGCAAAACUGACUGAUAUUCGAUGGUUUUUGAAAUACGAUCCUCUUACCAUCGUGGCCAACUUAAAGAUGGUUUUUAAAAUGUUGAAUAAAAAAUUCAACGGGAGAUUGCGUUUGAACUUAUGGAGACAGAUUAAAAAAUUUAGUCACUUGCAGUUAGGUGAAAAAUCAAUUGAAACGUGUUUAACAAUGCUGAGUGAUGAAGAAGGCACUAGGAUGAAAUCGUGUCCUAUUCGUUUCUUGUCUGUUUUAAUGAAACCUGAAGAUUACGCAGCAUUGGCCGAUGCACAUAAACCUGGGAACACAGAACUAAACCUAGAAAGCGAAAACGAUGUCAGACGAUAUAAAUUACAAUGUGCUAUAGCCAUGCAUUUUAAAAACACAAAAAGCUACGAAGUGCUUCCUUCUUUGCUGAGCUAUUGUACCGAUGAUUUCUUUAGAUAUGCUAAGAAAUCGCUUUACAGUUUGCUGUAUCGAACACCAGAAAACGAACUUCCUCAGUAUUUGAAUUACUUAUCGAAUAAUGAGGCGUUGUCAGUACAUGCCUUAUACAUAACGUGUGAACUGACUGCCUCGUCAAAAAUUGAAAGUAUACUUAAGCAAGAAACACAAUCGCUACAGAGGUACCUAUUUCCACCUACAAUUAAUUACUUUGUAAAAAAUCCUAGUGAUUCGAUAUUCGAAUUAGUCAAGAUGUAUAUACCGCUAAUUAUACGAGGUGACGAGAAAUCCUUAAAUAUUUUAAUGGAACAUUUGACGAAGAUACCUCAGAAGUAUAGAGCUCAGUAUAUUCCAUUAAUUUGGAACUGCUUUGAAAAUACCGUAUAUGAAUGGGAAAAAUUGUUAUCCUUAAAAAAGAGAAUUCUUAGCUGUGUGACCUGCGAAAUAGCUAGAGAAAUUCCAUUAGAAUUUGGCGUACGAGUUAUUCAACAACACCUCUUUGCGAACAAUAAAGAUAGAAGAAGAAAUCCGAAUAUAGUUCCUUUCAUGUUCAUAUUUUUAAGCAGCAAGGACGAAAAGCAACUUAUUUUUAACAAAAUCUUUUCCUUCGUUGACCAAUGUACGUGUAAAGAAGAAAUGUUUACUGUUCUUCGUGAUUUGUAUCACCAAGUUAUGAGUUCAACGAGUGAUAAUUUGCGAUACAUGGAACCGUACGUGAACUACUUUGAAAAGAAAGUUUCACUGACUGAAGAUUUUUAUGAUUUCAUUAAAAUUUUUUUCUUAAAAUGCAAGUUGGAAUCAAGUCAAUGGACUGUCGACCACUUGGCUAACAAAAUUUUAGUUUUCUUUGAAGAAGUAGUUGCAAAAUGUGGACCGUGGGUGAUUCAUUUAUUUGCAAGAGAAAUGAACGUCGGCUUGGCGUAUUUUGCAAAAAAACCUGUUACAAGAAAUGAGUUCUACUGUGCCAUGAUGAAGCAACGUCCGAUUCCUAUCGUGGCAAUUUUGCUGUUGGAGGUAGUUUCGGAACCAUCGUGCGGCAGCUCGCCAGAUGGAAAAGCGCAUUACCAUGAAUUGUUGCAACUGAUAAAAAAUAUUGAAGAUCCCGCUGUGCAAAUUUUUUUAGGACGUAAAAAAUAUAAGUCGUAUGGUCGAAGCGUUUCUGAAGAUAGGGAUGAUGUUUCUGUAAAUUGGGAGUAUAUGUAACAUGAUAUUUAUUUAAAUAAAAAAUAUCUGAUG